AUGGAAAACGAAGUGAAGCAGCGCAAUCAGAGAAACAGGCGAAGGGAGCGGGCACAGCGCAUGCAAGCACAGCGAGAGAGUAAAGUUAAGGAUGGGGACAGCGGCGAGGACGAGUCUCCGGCGAGAGAAAAGCCACCUCGUCCUCCGGCCAGGAGAAAGAAGUCGAGGGAGCCUCUUGGAGAGGAGGACAUCAUUGAUGGUUUCGCCAUAAUGGCAUUUCGCACCUACGAAGACCUAGAGGUUGCUGUAAAAUGCGCUUCGUCUCCUCGAACAAACGCGCUAUCAACAAAACCACGCUUGCCGCUGGCUGCAUUGGCAGGCGAUGCGACCCGCAAUCACGCCACCAGCAAUGUCAAUUCACAUGGUAUAACGCUGCUUCAAGACGCUGGCACGUCGGAUGAUAGUGGAAGGGCAUCAGAACGACUAACGGGCAGUUCGGUGGCACCCCGCGAUCCCGAUUCCUCUCGCGACCGCCUUAGUGACGCCAGUAGCCGCUGUAGUUCCGGAAAAGGCUAUAUCUGUGAUAGUGAAGGCGACGAUGACAAGGCAAGUAAAUUUUUAAAUACUGCUUUUAUUAAUCAGAAUGUCAAGCUUAAUAAAGAUACUAAGGUAGUAUAUGACUUAAUAGAAUUGAAAGUUGAGUGGCACAAUAAUGCCGGUAAAUGGAUAUCUGAGGAGGAAAUCAGUCUCGGCGUCACUGUUGUCGUGUCGAUUAAU